AAAUGUGUGAGUGCAUCUAUUUUCGGCACAAUAAUCUGUUCUAGCUUUCUCAUUAUUAAACGAUUUAUCACAAAGAGUAUGACUUCGGGGCGAUCAUUCUAUCAGUGUUCAGGAAUACAGUUCCUUGAAAAGCAAGAAAACCACGCCCACUUCCUCUCAGUGAUUCUAAUCCCCCGUUUCAAGAAUGGGAGUUCAGGAAAGAAAUUAAGAGUUGGCGGUAAGCUUCAUUGACGUUUCGUCUGCUACGCGAGUAAGUUACUUUGAAUUACCUAGUUGUGACACCCAUAUCAUCAUUAGAUGAAAAUAACCAAAUAUGG